AUGGCCAACAGCGCGCCUUCGCCGCUUGUGUUAGGGAGCCCCGGAUCGGGGGGUGACGGGGCGGGAGAGAAGCAAGGAGUCUCUCUGAACGCGCCGUUACCGACUGAGGCGACGCGAGCUGCGUCUGGGGCUCUGGACUCCAGGCCCGAGAAUGGCGAGACGGGGGCGGGAACCCACACUGGGGGCAGCGCACCAGCUGGCGCCUCGCGUGCAUCGAGAGCCUCAGCCGCAGCCGGAGAAUCCUCCCUUGCCCCGCGUGAAUCGCCUGAGGACCGCGUGCUGCUCCCGUCCUCAGAGAGUUCUUCCGCUUCGCACUGCCGCCUGGCCUUGGAGUCAGGGGAGAGCCCCACGUCAGGCAGACGCGGCCCAGGAGACGCAGCCCAGGUGCCGGCGACGGCUGGGGCGCCGGAAGCAGAUCUUUCCGGGAGGUGCCUGGAGACGGCUAGCGACUCUGCGCUAUGCGGGCUUUCCGUGGCGAGAUCCUCAGGGGAGAGCGGCCACGGAGGCUACUUUGUGAACCGCGAAGGACCGCGGGAGAGACAGGGUGGUGGGGCCAGUGAAGACGCAAAGAGAGAAGACGCGGCAUCGACAGCAGUUGGAGGAAGGGGACCAAGAGAGGGCGCGGCAGAUGGGAAACGAGAGGCAGGCCUGAACGCCGUGGAGAGAACGGAAUUGUGCUUGAACGUGAUGAAAACGAACGUCUUCGUCUUCCAGAUUCCCCUCUCCUGGACAGAAGACGACCUCCACCAGCAAUUCAGCGAGUGGGGCACGAUAACGAGCGUGCGUGUGGAGCGCAAGGGCGACGGGCGAAACCGCGGCUACGGCUUUGUCUGUUUCUCGGACGCAGAGAGUGCGCAGAGAGCCGUCGAGAGCAUGGAUGGGCGGGUGAUUGAGGGGAAGCAGCUGAAAGUCUCUUUGAAGAAGCCGAGACAGCAGGAGCGUCACGAAGAGCGAGUACCCGUGGUGCACGCCGUUCAAGGCGCGAGCGGUGCGGUUAAGACUCGGAGCGGCGAAGAAGGGAGAGACGAGCACGGAGAUCCUCUGCCUGAGACAAGGUCAACGGAACAGGAGAAAGGACGAAGAACCGGCGCGGGACCAACGGGCGCCGUCAAGUGCUCUCUAUUUGUCUUCCACGUGCCCCCGCUGUGGGGAGACGAACAGCUGCUGAAGCAUUUCGAGCUAUACGGCCGCUGCGCCAGCGCCGUGGUGGUGCGUCGGCGAGAUGGGACCAGCAAGGGGUACGGGUUCGUCGAUUUCGAGGACGCCGAGUCCGCCCUCUGUGCGUUGCAGCAGGCGAAUCAAGCUCACGUCGACGGCAAACGCCUGAAAGUGUUGCUAAAAACGGAAUCCAAGAAACGCCCGCCGUAUGCGCACGCGUCUGCAGACAGGGCGCAGGGUGCGCGGAAGAGCGGGCUGCCGAGUGCUGCGCUCCAGAGCCGAGAGCGAUGCGGCCUAGGCGACGUCAGUAAGAAGAACCGCCGGGGAGCUGACGAGGACACAGAGCGUCUCGGCAAUCUCGCUGCGUGUGGGAGAGAGCGGGGCGGCGGCGAGGAAGACAAGAGCGGCGACGACGCGAGGGCCGCGCGUUCGUUUCGUGGAGCUGCGUUCCACCGCGGCGAGCUGGAGAGUGCGGAAAAGGGGGCGAGGGGCGAGGGGCGCGCGCUCCAGUUGGGCAAUUGCGACUCGCCGGAGGCUCCAAUGGGAGCGUGCGGCCAGGAUCGCGAGAGGAGAAGCCACGACGCGAGAGCUUUGGGCCACCGGCAGCCGACGUCCCUGUCGCGAGACAGGGGACCAGCGGGCGAGGUGGAGACACGCGAGCGCGUCCAGUCCGCGGGUGGCCGAGGCGCAGGAGCCGUGAGAGCGGACGCAGGGGGCGACAGCGCGCGCGGACGGUCGCCAGAUCGAGCAGAAGAAAGCUUCCAGACAGGGGUUGCCUGUUUGGACCAGGCGAUCGACGGGGAUGGAGAGUGCCCCGACGGGACGGCCUCAGGGGACGCGCGCGCUCCGACGCCCGCGGGCGCGGACCUCGCGGAAGAUGGAGUCCUUCCUGCAGGAGAGGCCGCGAACGGUCCGUCUGAAAGACGGGGAUUACAAAGACCCGGAAAUGCGCCAGGCCACGCGCGACGAAGAGACAAACUCGCCGGCGCCGCGCGCUACGGCAGACCGGACUGUACAGUCUUCGUCUUCCAUGUCCCUCCAGAGUGGAGCGACUGGGACCUGAGAAGGCACUUCCGCCACUUGGGACGCAUCCGGGCGGCGACGAUUCAGCGCGACAAAGACGACGGCCAGAGCCGCGGGUUCGGCUUCAUCACUUUCGGCUCGCCCGCUGCUGCACUCAGCGCGGUCGCCGGCAUGAACGGAUUCCACACGGGAAACAAAUAUUUGAAGGUGAUGUUGAAGAGCACGGACAGAGGCGAUGGAAAGGGCGAGGAAGGCGGAGACCGCGAGGAGAGAGAGAAACGAGAGAAGAAACGGGGAGAAGAGCAGGGACGAGGGACAGGCCCUAGCGCAGCCGACGGCGGGCGGCGAGGCCCGAGUCAGAGAGGAGACAGGGGCGAGCAAGGAGACUGGCACGGCUCGUCUGUGGGGCCGGCAUCGAGGGGACACCAUGGAGGGCCGUCGGGUUCGGCGUGUCGGGGCGGGCACCCCACGCGCGAUCGCCCGGAAGGUCGACGAGGACCACGGGGCAUCUCUUCGUGUCCGCUCUCGGGGAAAGCACUGCAGCUUGCGUCUGAGCCGCCACGGGCUUCGUUGCUCCUCGCCGCCUUGCCAGUCCCCGCUGAGUCCACGGAGUGGCCAGAUCAGGCAGACGAAGGCGCGUGCUCGCACACGCAGAGGCCGUCUCAGAGGAGUGCUGCAGCGGGAGGCUGUCGAGGCGAGGCAACGGACGAGCGCGUGAGCAUGCCUUUGACCUCCCCGCUUGAGCCUUCUUUUUCGAGCGCGCCCUAUGCCGCAUCUCCCGGUGCUCUCGGGCACGCUCAGAGUCCCGCGCAGACGACGCCGGCUGGGUUGUGUGGAGACAGAAACCAAGGUCUUUUGUGUGGCGGAGUGCCUCACGUGUUUCCCCUCUUGCCCGUUGGCGACGGGAGAGGAACGACGCUAGGCGGGAAGGCAGGCGUGGGCCCUCACAGCCACGUGCGUCAGUCUGCGCGAGUGUCCGCAGGCUCCGCGGUGUCCGGCCUGCACUCUCAGCCGUUGCCGCGGCCUCAGACAUGGCUCUCAGGCGCUCCGCCGCCUCCUCCGCACCAUCAACCGAUGAGUGCAGGCAAGACAGGCUUUCUGCCCCAGGCCACGAGUGGCUGCUUCGCCUCUCCUCCGUUUGUCAGUGAAGGUCUGCCGACGCCGUACGGCCACGAUCCGUCUUCUCUCUCUUCCCUCUGUCUGCACCACGCCCCGAUGUCUCACGACUGUGGACCGGUGGCGUCGUCUGUGGGCUACCACGAAAGUGUGAAUGAAGGCAUGAGACUGCCGCCGGAAAUCGCGAUGGGAGCCGGAGGACAGGCCAGAGGGCAUCCGAGCUCGCAUGCGCCCUUCUUUCCGUCGCCGUUCCCUUCUUCAUCUCCGGCUUUCGUGCACACAGCCCGUAGCGAGACGGGUUCGCGAUCAGGCAACCCUCGAGCUCGGCAAGGCCCGGAGUCUCCUGUCCCGGCCGGUCCUGAAGGGCGAGGCGACGAGGCGACAGGCGGGGGUCGACCUGUGAGGUCCCAGAAUCCAGCUUACUAG